UUCGAAUAAACAGUUCAAAGAAGAAACCUUUAAAAUUUCCUGUGACAAAGGAUGCUGAUGCUCUGUGUAAUUCACAAAAGGGCCCUAAUUUUGGAGCUAGCCUUAUCUUUCUGACCAAUCAGAAAAAAAAUCACAAUUAAUCUUUCUCAGUCUUACAUAUUUGAAAAAGGUGAUUUGUGCCGAAAUGAUAUGGAUCUUCAAGAAUGUGAGAUUUACCGGGUUGAAGCAUUGAAUACACCCUGGAGGAAUAUCACGUGGACAACUGAGAAAAGAACUGAAUUGCUUAAAUUUAUCGAGAACUACAAGCCACUUGCCAGUUCCGUAUCUGAGGCCCGAGUUUUGUUUGUUGGACCAACUGGAUCAGGAAAAUCCAGCUUCAUCAAUUCCGCAAAUUCUGUUUUCCGUGGGCAUGUCACCUGUCGAACAUUAGCUGGCAGUAGCACAACAAAGUAUGCAACAUACACCAUAAAAGCUGGAAGAGAUGGCCUGUACCUGCCUUUCAUUCUUUGUGAUUCAAUGGGAGUUGAAGAAAGUAAAGGUUUAGGGAUAGUUGCUGGUGACAUUACCAAGAUCAUUGAAGGACAUGUUCCUGAAAAGUAUCAGUUUAAUAGCUCUUCGCCAAUUGUUCCUGAAACAGCAGGCUACAUUAACUCUCCCACGGUUAGUGAGAAGAUACACUGUGUGGUACUUGUCAUUGAUUCAAGCAAAGUUGCCAACCUGUCUAUCAAAGUGGAGGAGAGAAUCCGUGGCAUUCAAUCUGAGUUCAAUAACCUGGGCAUACCGCAGGUUGUUUUACUAACAAAGGUGGAUAAAGAGUGUCCUAUGGUCCUGAAUAACUUGGAAAAUAUUUACCGGAGUGAACAUAUUGAGAAAAAGGUACUUGAAAUUGGGGAGCGAUUUGGGAUUCCAAUUUCAUGCAUAAUCCCCGUGAAAAACUAUUCAUCAGAGCUUGAGCUGGAUUGUAAAGUGGAUAUCUUGAUACUUUCUGCUCUUGUGCAGAUGCUACGCUAUGCAGAUGAUUAUUUUGAAAACCUUGAAGAUUAAUUUGCAAGACUAUGCACAAAUUAACAAACAUUUGUGUCUUUUACUUUUCAUGUUAGUGAACUUUUUUUCUCCCUCUGACCAGACCACGCCUGUAAUGUCAACCUUAGCUUUUUCUUUUGGAUUUAAAAUAAUUAGCAAGGGAGCAAAGGGAGAGAUGGCAAGGAAUUUCUUUACACCCAGAGUUGUUAUGAUGUGGAAUGUCUAAGAACUUGGGUUUUGGUGACUGUACAAUAGGGAAAAAAACGCUUUCUAAGUUGUUUAAUUUUGUUUCCUAAUGCUAGUUGUUAUUGAUAUGAUUUACUUUCUUUGUUUUUUUACAUUUUAUUGUAAGUAAAUUUAGUGUUUGAUUUGUCCAAAAAUUCAAGUGAAUUUACUUCUACAAUCCAUGUUGAUUUAACUUCCUAUAUGACGAAUAAUUGAGUUAAAUUUAGUGUUUAUAUCUGUUUAUAUAAAGGCUGUUAACUUUAGGCAGGUUCCAUAUUUCCAGGGAUGAGGAGUCUAUUCGCUUGCUUUAAACAUAACCUUAACCCUUAGACUGACAGCAGGUCUUUUGAGAUUGCGUCUCUCUGUGACUGUUUGCUCUGAUUGCAGCCAAAUACUCCGUGCUGAGAAAUGCUAAUUAUAGUCAUACUGUAUAGAUGCUGAAACAGAAUAUCCAACAUGUAUAACUGUAAUCUUAUCUCUAAGCUAUAGCAAUUAAAUUGGAAACAAUUUAAAAUUUUAAAA